AUGGCCCAUCUAAUACGGCACAAGAUUUCAAAUAAAAUUAUCAGUGUAAUAAACCGCGCGUCACAUCAAUCUGAGGCGAAGGUGAGCGGUGUGUUUGCGCGCCUCGGCUUCCAAGCGGCCACGGAUGAGGAAGCGCUCGCUUUCGCCCAUCGUGACAGUCUGGACUACGAUUACAGACAUGGGAUGAGAAUGGACGAAGUGAAGAUGAGUGAGGAAGGAGAUGGAAUGAUGUUGGAAGACAGUCAUUACCAAAAGCACGGCAUCAGACCCUCAGGAUCCCGAAAAAACAGCGACUCGAGCGAGAUGCGUGAAGGAGUACAAGACAAACCGGAAAUCACAGCGUGGGAUGCGGGCUGGAACGUCACCAACGCAAUUCAGGGUAUGUUUGUCUUGGGCCUCCCCUAUGCUGUCCUACAUGGUGGUUACCUUGGGCUCUUCCUCAUCAUCUUCACUGCAGUGGUGUGCUGCUACACAGGCAAGAUCCUCAUUGCGUGCCUCUAUGAGGAGAACGAGGAGGGAGAGCGUAUACGUGUGCGUGACUCAUAUGUGGACAUUGCAAAUGCUUGCUGUGCGCCACGCUUCCCUGUGCUCGGUGGCCAUGUUGUGAAUGUGGCGCAAAUAAUUGAGUUGGUGAUGACAUGCAUCCUUUAUGUGGUUGUCAGUGGCAACCUGAUGUAUAACAGCUUUCCGGGCUUGCCCAUUUCACAGAAGGCAUGGUCAGUGUUUGCUGCGGCAGCACUCGUGCCAUGCGCCUUCCUACGCAACCUGAAGGCCGUUUCCAAGCUAAGCCUGCUGUGUACAAUUGUACACUUCAUCAUCAAUGUGAUGGUGAUUGCCUACUGCCUGUCACAUGCACAGGACUGGGCAUGGGACAAGGUCAAGUUCUACAUUGACGUGAAGAAGUUCCCGAUCUCUAUUGGCAUUGUUGUUUUUAGUUACACAUCACAAAUUUUUCUGCCCUCCCUUGAGGGCAGCAUGCAGAAGCCCGCUGAGUUUCACUGCAUGUUGGAGUGGACACACAUCGCUGCAUGCAUCCUCAAAGGCCUAUUUGCCCUUGUAGCCUACCUCACAUGGGCUGACGACACAAAAGAGGUGAUCACAGAUAAUCUGCCACCUGGCAUACGGAUGUGGGUGAAUAUCUUUUUGGUUGCUAAGGCAUUGUUCUCCUACCCUUUGCCCUUCUUCGCUGCUGUAGACAUCUUAGAGAAGUCCUUCUUUCAAGAUGGAGCCGCAUUCCCAAACUGCUAUGACACAGAUGGGAGGCUUAAGUCCUGGGGUCUUGCGAUGCGAAUUGUACUUGUUGUUUUCACCCUUCUCAUGGCUAUCUUUGUCCCACACUUUGCUCUGCUCAUGGGCCUUACUGGAAGUCUCACUGGUGCUGGACUAUGCUUCCUGUUGCCCUGCUUAUUUCACCUGAAACUUCUCUGGCGCAAGCUUCUGUGGCACGAGGUCUUUUUUGACAUCUCCAUCUGUAUAAUAGGAAUUAUAUGCAGCAUCUCAGGCUUUACUUACUCCACUGAAGGACUCAUUGAGGCCUUUAAGUAUAACACCCCAGAUUAA